CUUCCUACCUUUUUUUUCUUUUUUGGUGGUAAUUUGGUAAAUGAUGAUGACCUUUCUACCUAGCAUGACCUUUUCAAUCCCUCUCUCCCUCUUUAUCUAUAAGUUCCUUCUCUAUCAAUUUUUUUUUCCAGAAGUGAGACAUCUUGAUCAUCCAAAAACCCCAAAAGACACACAUGGAUCAUGUAAAACACUCAUUUAGAAACCCUGCAAUACUUUUAUUAUUCUUCGUGGGGUUCUUGUGUCUUGCUGUUUGGUCCUCCUCCUAUAUCACAAAUCCAUUCAGUGUGUUCCGAAAGGAAUCUCUUUCUUCACAAUCAAACACAACCAACAUACGUGUUCCUCAAGAUGAGCUUGAAGAAGCUUUAUCCAAAGCUUCAAUGGCAAACAAAACGGUCAUAAUCACCAUCAUAAACAAGGCCUAUGCUGUCCAAGACAUCCAAGCUGACACCACCAUGCUUGACCUUUUUCUUGAGAGCUUUUGGCUUGGGGAGAACACUAGGCCACUGCUUGACAACCUUUUGAUCGUGGCAAUAGAUCAGACGGCCUACGAUCGCUGCCUGUUUCGACGGUUGAACUGCUACAGAUUGAAAACGGACGGUGUGGAUUUUGAGGGAGAAAAAGUUUACAUGUCCGAGGAUUUCAUCAAGAUGAUGUGGAGAAGAACUCAGUUUCUAAUCGAGGUUCUUAAGCGUGGCUACAGCUUCAUUUUCACGGAUACAGAUGUGAUGUGGCUAAGGAAUCCCUUUAUUAGGCUAAGCACAAAUGAAACCGAGGAUCUUCAAAUUAGUACUGACUAUUUUUUAGGUGAUUUGCGAUCUGAAAAUCAUCAAAUCAAUACUGGCUUCUACUACAUCCAAUCAAAUAAUAAGACCAUCAAAUUAUUAGGAAUAUGGUAUGCCAUGAAGAACGACUCUAGAGGACAAAAAGAGCAGGAUGUGUUAUUAAACCUAAUAAAAGGGGGCAUAAUUAGAGAAUUAAAUCUUAGAGUAACUUUCUUGGACACCCUUUAUUUUAGUGGGUUUUGCCAAGAUAGCAAGGAUUUGAGGUUAGUGGCCACUGUACAUGCCAAUUGUUGUAGAAGUAUUAGUGCCAAGGUGAAUGAUCUAAAGGCUGUCCUUCGCGAUUGGAAGCAAUUCAAGUACACUUCUUAUAAACGAUUGGCUAAUGUAACAACAAAUUUAGGUUGGUCAAUGCACUGGAGAUGUUCCAAGUCAUGGAAUUAAAGUAGCUAAUACGACUAUUGGUUAAUUAAUGUAAUAUAUUUUAUUUGUUGCUUCAAUAUACUCAAAAGGAAUUUAAUUCCUUUGAUAUUCAUAGAUUGAUACACGAUUUGACCUUU